GUCCAAGAUGUGAUAUUUUCAGCUGAUGGAAGCAGCAUGUUUUCAUCCUGUGAUUUAUUGAGUCGUGACUCUGCUGAUAGGAACCUGAUGGCUUGGGAUUUCAGUAGUGGGGUGGUUCUCUCCAACCAAAUAUACCAGGAGCGAUACAGCUGUACAAGGCUCAAGCUACACCCGACUGAGGGCCACUUCCUAGCUCAAACUAAUGGCGACUACAUAGCCAUCUUCUCUACACAAAAGCCCUACAAACUCAACAAGGCCAAGCGCUUUCAGGGUCACAAGGGGAACGGCUACGCAGUUGGAUUUGACUUGUCUGUAGAUGGGUCACUAGUGGUCAGUGGCAGUGCUGAUGGUGACACUUACUUUUACAAUUACCACACUGGACGGCUCCUUCGCACACUGACCACUGGUCUGGACAUUUGUACAGAUGUGGCCAUACAUCCUGUAUUGACCAGCACAGUUGCAUGCUGUGGAUGGAAUGGACACAUACAGGUAUGGAGAUGACCAUUACUGACCAAUGGAAGUGUUGUGAUAGCCAUGAACAUUAUUCUGGCAUAAAGAUGACCUUAACUGACCAAGUGUUGU